UUUUAUUUUGUGUCACUGUCAAAACUCUAAAAGAACUUUUUUCUGCCAUUUAUUCUGCUUCUGCCGUUUAUACAAAAUACAAAUCCAGUUUACUAGAAAAAUAUCAAAAUUCCACCCAAGAGUAAAUAAUUAAAAUAAAUCUACUUAUCGUAAUAAAUAAUAAUAUUGUUAAAAAACUGUACCUAGAAAUGGGUUCUGAAUCCAAGAUAGUGCUGGUAACAGGAGGGUCAGGAUUGGUUGGUCAGGCAAUCAAGACAGUUAUUGACGAGGAAAAGAAGUCAGGGUCUGCGGAAGUAGGCAAUGAGAAGUGGAUAUUUUGCGGCUCUAAGGAUGGUGACUUAAGAAAUAAAAAGGAAACGGAGGCAUUAUUUGAGAAACACAAGCCCACUCAUGUGAUCCACUUAGCUGCUAUGGUGGGCGGCUUGUUCCACAACAUGGCACAUAAUUUGGAUUUCUUUCGUGACAAUAUGGCCAUAAAUGAUAAUGUGCUGUACGCCAGCUAUAAACACAAAGUGCAGAAGGUUGUGUCCUGUCUCUCCACAUGUAUAUUCCCCGAUAAAAUUACAUAUCCUAUUGAUGAGACUAUGGUGCAUAACGGACCGCCUCACAGCUCCAACUAUGGCUACAGCUAUGCUAAGAGGAUGAUCGAUGUAUUAAAUAGGGGCUACGCUGAACAGCACGGAUGCCGCUUCACAUCAGUAAUACCGUGCAACGUGUUCGGGCCACACGACAACUUCUCCCUCGCCACCAGCCACGUGAUACCGGCGCUGAUACGCAGGAUGGACGAUGCUGUGACGAACGGCGACAAAACAUUCUCAGUAUGGGGCACAGGAUCACCGCUGCGGCAGUUUAUUUACUCGCUCGAUAUCGCUAAGCUUUUUGUGUGGACACUGCGGCAUUAUGAUAGUGUGGAGCCGCUUAUAUUGUCCGUGGACGAAGAAGACGAAGUAACAAUAAGCAAAGCGGCGGAAGCUAUAAAGAAAGCACACGGGUUUGCCGGCGAAAUUGUAUACGAUACUAGCAAAGCAGACGGACAGUAUAAGAAAACAGCUUCUAACAAGAAAUUACGAUCUCUUUACAAGGAAUUUACAUUUACCCCCUUUGAGCAAGCCAUACAAGACACUGUAACGUGGUUUAAAAAUAAUAGGGAACAUGCUAGAUUGUGAAAUAUAUAAUUUAUUUAUGUU